AUGACGCUCAAAACAAGACAGAGAAGGCUAGAAGGGAGAGAGAUGGAGAGAGUGGUUUACGGUGAGUGCCGGAGAAACCAUGCAGCGCAAUUGGGAUCUCACUCCACUGAUGGCUGUGGUGAGUUCUACCCCAGUAAUCCUCCGGAGGCUCCCACUCGCUGCGCUGCCUGCGGCUGCCACCGCAACUUCCACCGCCGUCACACCAUCAUUCACCUAGAUGAUGAACCCGGAAAGGGCGCCCACAGCGCCGGAAAUGGAGGUUGCGGUGUGAAAAAAAGUCAUGGAGUAAAGAGCCAUAGAAGGCGGAUGAAGGAAUUCAUAGAUUUGGAAGAGAGUAAGGAGGAGGCGCAGGUGAAACCCAGGGGCAGAGGUAAGAAGCCUCGGACAAUGUUCACGGCCAAACAGAAGGAGAUGAUGAGAGCAUUUGCGGAGAGUUUGGGGUGGACCAUGACCAACAAAGAAACCGAGGCGGAGGUGAAAAAGUUCUGCGAAGAAGUGGGAGUGACUAGGUAUAUCUUCAGGACUUGGCUGAACAACAACAAGAAAAUAUAUGGCGCUGCUGGAUCGUCAUCUAGUCGCCAUUAG